CCGCUCCUAAACCGACCCGUAUUACACGGACUCAUUUAUCCUGCACAGCUCGAAUUUAGGCGUGAUUUACACAAGGUGUUAGUUUGGACACAGUGUGCGAGCAGAAUAUGAAUAAAAACAGUCCCGAUGAGGCGAGCUGCAUACGGGGCAGCCGAGUGGCUGCUCACGUGACCGCUUUUAUCCAAUCAGAGCCGCGUAUGCUCGGUUUUGAAAAUGUUUCCGGAAGUGCAUGUUUGUUUAGAUAGCCUAGCUUAUUUCUCUCUAUGAUAUGAUCGCGUUUAGAUCAGCGAUUUGAAGUGUCGAUUUAGUUGAUGCGAAAUUGUCUUUGUUUCCAAACCAAACAAAGAAAAAGAAGAAACUUGUCAGAUUAGUCGUCUGGAAAGCUUUCGGUGAGAUACAUCUUGGUUAAUUAAAUAUCGGAGUCCUAAAUUUAGAACGAAAGCUAGUUAGGGUUUUGGCUGAUCGGGCUGCACGAUGUCCACGUCGAAUUUUAAGAAUAAGUGUGUUGCUCAGGUGAACUGCAUUUACUGCGACAGUCUGCUGUGUACAAGAGGCAUGAAAGCUGUGCUUCUAGCAGAUACAGAAAUCGAGCUGUACUCCACCGACAUGCCUCCAAACAGGACUGUCGAUUUCGUCGCAGGCUGCUAUUCGACAGAAAGCUGUAAAUGCAAAUUAAGAGACAUUGCCUGCCUGAAGUGUGGAAAUGUUGUGGGGUAUCAUGUAGUGGCUCCGUGCAAACCCUGCCUGCUCUCCUGUAACAACGGCCACUUCUGGAUGUUCAACAGUGAAGCUGUUUCCACUAUCAACAGACUGGAUGCGUCAGGAGUGAAUCUGCUCCUGUGGGGAGAUCUACCAGAGCUGGAGGGAAGUGAGGAUGAAAGCACGGACAGCCUUUCAGAAGAGGAAUACCUCAGAUAGAAGGCCAGAGAGGUACCACCCCCUUAAUGAACUCAUUGGGAGACUCGAAAAUCAUCAUUUCAUUUCAACUUCGUUCUGUUGCCGGCUGGAGAGGGGGACACAGACGCAACAGCAUGACGCGGUUUUUUUUUUGGUCUUAUGAUUGCACCCUCAACAGCAGUCUGCUUUUGAAUAUAUUUUUGCUACAGCAUCUAAUUUGACUAUAUUGUGUGUAAAAUACAAACAUUUUUAGUCAUUUAAUUCUUGCCAAUUUCAUGACACAUGAUGCACAGAUAGCUAAAUGACUAAUGAUUAGCUAAAGUUAGAUGUGAAAAUAAGCAAAGUGUCCAAAUAAGCCUGUUAUGCAGUUGUUAAACUGCAGCAAUGUGCUAUAUUUAUUAAUUUAUUUCAUUAUUUAGGGUAUAAACAACAUACUUGAACUGUAACAAAUGUGAGCAACUUUUCUUCCCCUCCCCCCCUCCUCCUGUGAAAGACUCUUAGAAUCCCUUCAAUUAUAAUUGGAUUAUAACCACUUGUAUUUCCUUGCCAUGUCACUCACGUAAUUUGAGUGAAAUUCAUGAAAACGGUUAAAGCUAGACCGCCUUUCAGGUUUUUCAAAUGUAGGUCUUAAAAAGAACUUUACGCAACACCCAAUUAUUUUUGUUUCGUGGACCGAAAGCUACUGAAUUUGAAUCACAGACUUCCAAUUUGAUUAGUCUUUUUUUUUUUUUAAACAGAACAAUUUUAAUGAAUUUAGGGCCACAUGGCCUUAAAUUCUCCACUAUUUUUUCCUGCUUCACCAUGACCCGAUUCAAGAUACUACGUCAUGCAUGACGUGGUGGGCUUUCCUCGUUCACGCAAGGCAUUGUGGGACACGUAUUUGAAACAGGAGAGAACAAUGGAGGAUAUGAGUGUGCGAAUGAAACGUGAAAGACGGACUACAGUAACGGAAAGAAAGCGAAAAGAAAAGACGUUAUGUUAUACGCGAAGGAAAGGAAACGCAGGCCCAGACUAAUAAAUAUCGGUGGUCAGCGAGCACCUCGGUGUGAUCAGUAGGGCUGUAACGAUACACCCAACUCACGAUUCGAUUCGUAUCGCGAUUUUUGACCCAUGAUUCGAUACGCCUACGAUUUUUUUUUAAAUGUUUUUUUUAAAGUAGUAAAUAUGACUUAUUAACAUUUACUUACUUACAUUAACUAUUUAAUAACAAAUAAUUCAGACCACUGCAGAGAAUGAGUAAUAUGUAUGCAAAAAUGAACAAAUGUAUAUCCAAAGAUUGUUUUAUUUCUCAAAAUAAUACUGUUGAGCCGGAAGCUCUGUUUUUUUCGGUUCUGAAAAAGUCAUUUUUCCAAAUCGUGUAAAUCCGUUAAGAUUUUUUUGGGGGGGGUGGCUCUCUCACUGUCUCACUCUCAUAGGGCCAAUGAUUUUCUGUGAUCGCGGAAAACAGAUGGAAAUUACGGAAUUUUUAUGGUGAAACAUUGCUCGCGUGUCAAAAUGUAACUGCCGCAGAAGGCUUCCGCCCAAGCAGACAUGCCUUCAGUGUCGCCAGAUAUUGCUAACGUUUUCCACCCCAAAAUAUGUUCAAAACCAGCCAAAAAGCACCUAAACCUGCCCAAUCUGGCAACACUGCAUGCCUUUCCGGUCAAGUGAUUGUGAUUGGCUUGUGGCACACCUAGCCAGCCAAUGAGCUGCUUGUUUACAGAUUCGCUCCCCGCGUCGCAACCAGAAUGGCGACCGCUUAAAAGAAAUGAAUGCUCUGCCAGUGGCGAGUGUGGACGUUGCGUGACUCGCAGAAGAUUGUCGCAGGUCGGCGAAAAAACGACUUACUAAUAGAUAUAAAAAAAUAAAAGUAAUUUAAGUAAGUUUAAAAUGUAAUUUAAAUAAAAAGUAAAGUAUUCAUAAAUUGAAGUUUGGAAGCACCUCUGUUUUUGGGCUGAGGAGAAGUUUGAAAGGGUGUACCGCGAUUCUGCCUUCUUGUAUCGCGAUACGGAUCGUGGCUCUGCGUAUCGCGAUUUCGAUUUGCAUAUCGUUACAGCCCUAGUGAUCAGCUGUUCGUUUAGUGACCGAAUGAUGUAAAGGUAAACUUGCGCAUGCGCACACGGACUUCCUCUGUCUGCCUGACUGCGCGAAGCUAGCGAUUUCAUGCACUUUUUUUUUUUUUUUGCUAGAGAAUCCCCUCAAAUUAAAUAACUUCCCAGCCACAGAAUAACCUGUUUUUUGAGAUAUUGCAGAAAUAAACGUAUAGCACAAUGACCAAAUUUCAGAGGGAACUAAAUUUCACCGGCUUUAUGAAACCGAAAGGCCGUCUCGCUUUAAAUAAAAGUAGGAAUGUCCCAGAUGUUAACCUGAGACUGGAUGGAAUGUGUUUAAACGCGUACAAGGGAUAGUUUUGGUCUUUUAUUUUGUACCAGUUUUUAUUUCUAACAUUGUUUGGAAAGUCUUCGGUGAAAGUAGAGUAGCACAAGUUCAUAACAGAUGAGCAUAAAUACGAAUUUCUUUUGCAGUGAACGACUCCGCUUGCUUUCAAAGCUUGCCUGGUUGCAACGUUUGUAUUAUAAUGGCGGUGUACGAUAUCUAAACUACUUCAAGUUCGACAGUCAUUGCUGAUAUUCAGAAUAAGCAGUCUUACGAUGCACGUGUAAAAAAAAAAAAAACAUGCACUGAAAUACAAUUUGGUAAUAGCAUUAUUUACACUGUAAGGUAACUGCUUUUUUUUUAUGUGCUCAAAAAGAGAAUUCAGAUUUUAAAAUGUAGCAUAGCGACCAUGCAUGGUUUCUGCACAGCAGCUUUUCUGCUUCGCACAUUCCUGUUUGACAGAAUUGAAUCAAUCCACUUAGCGUUCUCGUUUUGUGAUUAUUUUCCUGGGAACAAUUAUUGAACUGACGAAUAGGAAGACGAAGAAUUACUGUACUCUUCCGUCCUAUAUGACGUGUGAAAAUAUUGCAUUCAAUUUUGCAAAAAUGACUUGAAUCUUAUUAUUAUUUAUUAGUAAUUUCUUUGCUGUUCAGUGUGAAGGCACACACUUUCUUAAAGUGUUAAGAUAUUAACAUGUAAUUCUGGUCAGAAUAGGUACAAAUGUGUCCAAAAAAAAAACACCACACACAUAAUCAGACCUAUUAUUGGCUUGUUGAAGGGUUUUACUUCCAGCUUUGGCGAUUUGCAUUAAGAAGACUUGACCAAAAUACAACGGUAGAAAUAUUAUUUUUAACUUAUUAACAGAAAUGGUUUAUUUUCUGUAAUUUAUCAACAUUGUGAAUGUAUAUAUUUAUGAACAGACAUGAGACUGUAUUUAUACUUGGAUAAUUUCUCUUGCAUCAUCUGAUGACUGAAAGGAAGUUUGUAAUUCUUUGACUUUGCACUGUAAAGGUGUUGCUGGGUUGUUUUGUAUGCUUGCUGUCUUGAUAUUAAACGUUUUUAACGUGGAA